AUGGAAGCAAAAACUGAGAAUUCAAAUAAGCAAUUUUCAAGUAAAAUAAAAAAUUUGAAGUUCAUGCAAAGAACUCGCUCAAAAGAAGAGCGAGAGAAAGAGGAACAGGCUGAAAAAAGAGCUAUCUCGGAAGCUCAUUGGGUUAUUGAGACCGAGGAAACAGCAGCUUGGAAGCCAAAAUUUGAGGUCGAAUAUGAACCAUCGUAUCUUCCAUUCAUUGAAAGCUCUAUUAGUCUUCGGCGAAAGUUCGUUUUGAACUCAACUACGCCAGAUAUAAUUAACAUUUCAGAUUCGGAUAAUGAUAUCAUCAAGUCAAUUAACAGAAUAAGAAUAGAAGAUUCUCCGACUACUUCACCCAGUGGUCCUCGAAAUAGCCGACAAAUGACCAAAGAAGAGCGAGCUAUCAAUCUCGAGAAAGCGCUUCAUGAAAGGCAUCUUGCUUUAGAGAAAAUUCGUUCAAAUCGUCAAUUGAAACCUCAAAAUAAACUAACACUAAAUAAUUCUCAAAUGUCAACCAGUAUUCCGAAUUCACGCGAAAAACGGAGAUACCACGAGAUUAUAUCAUCUUCACCUAACGACGAUUUGGAUGCGCACAAUCGGUACGAAGUGAAUGAUCCGGUGCCGAAAAACAAAAAACGAGAUAUUGUAUCUGAUUUUCUAAGCGAGCAAAAAUCUGCUUUAAGUGGUAAGGUCACCGUUGCGGGAGAAGGUGUAGAAGGAAAUUCGAAGAAAAAACGGCAACGUAACAAAAAAGGUAAAGAGAAAGAGCCACUGUUUUUAAAACCCAAAGAAUGA